UCUGUAGAAGUCUCUUGCGCUUGGCUUUACCCACUCCAGCUUCUCUUCUGUACUCAUCCUCGACUCUGUUUUCUGCUUUCUCUUCCCUCUCCACAUUAGUUUCUUGAGCAGCUGAAGUUCUCAGACCUGGUCUCCAUAAACCCUGAUGACCACCAAAUGGUAGCUGAAGAGACACUCAGUGUCUCCCCAUGGUCAUUGGGAUCCAGCUCAUGUUGUCUGUUUGCCCAACUGUUGUUUUCAGACAGAACUCUUGAAUGGAGCAGCUCAGAAGCUCGAAUAAUGGUCGGUCUCUGAGUCCAACCUCACCUUAGCUGAAGGUCUCCAGGGCUUGGUCGUGACCCCUCAGAUCCUGCUGGAAAAUGGUGUUCCAGAAAUCACCCGAUGGUGGGUGGGGAUGGGUGAUAGUCCUCAGCUCCUUCUUCACCCAGUUCUUGUGCUACGGGUCGCCCUUGGCGGUUGGGGUGCUCUACAUGGAAUGGCUGGACCUCUUUGGAGAAGGGAAAGGAAAGACUGCCUGGGUCGGAUCCCUGGCCAGUGGAGUGGGGCUGCUCGCAAGUCCCAUCUGCAGCACCUGCGUCUCCGCUUUCGGCGCACGGCCAGUGACCAUCUUCAGUAGCUUCAUGGUGGCAGGAGGCCUGAUGAUAAGCAGCUUGGCUCCCAAUCUCUACUUUCUGUUUUGUUCCUAUGGAAUUAUUGUUGGACUUGGAUGUGGCUUAUUGUACACAGCCACCGUCACAAUCACGUGCCAAUACUUUGACAAACGUAGAGGCCUCGCACUCGGUCUCAUUUCCACAGGGUCAAGCAUUGGCCUUUUCAUCUAUGCUGCCUUACAGAAAGAGCUGAUUGAACUGUAUGGGUUGGAUGGCUGUCUGCUGAUAAUUGGCGCACUCUCUCUAAACAUCCUAGCCUGUGGCAGCCUGAUGAGGCCUCUGCCGGUGGCCCAGAAACCUGAUCCGGAGAAGGUUCCAGAUCAAUACCUCAUUUAUAACAGAAAAGAGAAGUUCUCUCGUGAAGAACACAUCACCAUACCUGAAAAGGCCCAGAGUGAGGGAAAAGGGGAGAAUCAGGUGCCGGACAGCAACCGCCAAGCGAAUGGACUCCCAGUUCAAAGCCAGCUGCUCUCGGCCUCCCCAAGAGAGGCAGAGAGCUACCCAAAGAAAGUUGCAGAACAAACUUACCUGUGCAAACAACUGGCUAAGCAGAAAUGGGACCUGUAUUUAAAUUACUGGGAGGACACCCUGAGUCUUUUUAAAAACAAAGUCUUUUCUGCCCUCUUCAUUGCCAUCUUCCUCUUCGACGUUGGCGCCUUCCCUCCUUCCUUGCUCAUGGAGGACGUGGCGAGGAGCUCAAACGUCAUCGAGGGGGACUGUGCCAUCCCUCUGAUCUCCAUCAUCGGCAUUAUGACCGCUGUGGGGAAGUUGGCCCUGGGGGUCCUGGCGGAUGUAGACAGGAUUAACGCUUUAUAUCUCUACAUCCUGACGUUGAUCUUGACGGCGGCGGCCUUGGUCUUGAUCCCCUUCGCUCAAAGCUACAGUACUCUGGCAAUCCUUUCGGGGGUUUUAGGGUUCCUGGCGGGAAACUGGUCGAUUUUCCCUUAUGUCACAACCCAGACGGUGGGGAUCGAGAAACUGACCCAUGCCUAUGGCAUCUUGAUGUUUUUCGCUGGACUUGGAAACAGCCUUGGACCCCCAGUUGUAGGUUGGUUUUAUGAUUGGACCGCUUCUUACGACAUGGCUUUCUACUUCAGUGGCCUGUGUGUGCUCUUCGGAGGGCUCCUCCUCCUUGUAGUCGUGCUUCCCUGUUGGCAUGGAACGAAGCCUACCAUCGGCCCAAACCCCAAACACUUAUUCCUCCACAGCUGCCUCCAGAGUGUAAAUGGCCGUAUGGAAUAGUUGCUGUUGUUUUUAUACCGAUACUUUUAGUAACUUUUGCAUCUAUUUAUAAAGGUUUUUAAUGACACUUUUGAUACUUCUUUGAAACACUUGGACCUUUGAGCCAAAACAUCAAGUCCUGGCCAUUGCAGCUAAUGUGUUCACACAACACAACGGGGCCUUUUGCUUUGCCAUUGCCCAUAAUUAGCAAAAUGCUGCUUGUGCCUAGGAAUGACAAUGCUGGAUUGCAACUGAGCAAGAAACUUUUAAGGUGCAGUGAAGCUCAGCUGUUGAGGUGGAGCUUCUCUUGACGAGCUUCCUCCUCCUCCUCCUUGAUCAGGAGGGUAAGUGUGCAAGCCGUGGCAAGUAUUCAAAACGGUUGGAUCUAGAACCGGCAUAUUCAGUCUUCUGAAUGAGGUUCCUCUUCUCACUCACAUUGUAUUGUACUACAGUUUUGCUAAGUAUUUUCUGGUGCAACAAAUGUAUUUUAUAUUCAUUUACAUGUAAUCCUUGUACUUAAUUUUGGCCAAGUUGGCACAGUACUUCUUCCUUCUUCAGGAAUCUUAGUGUUGCUUGGUUGGGAGUGGCUGCCUCACCCUGAGGGUCAUGAAAGUGACCGAAGACCCUGUUUCCCUGAGGAAUCUCGUAGGUUGCCAAAAGAUCCCGUGAUCUAUAAACAGCACGACAAGAAUGUAGCAUUUAAUACCAGUGAAGAUGUUGGAUGGCAAAAAAGUUACUGCAUCUUCCAUUAGGAUCUGUUAAAAAUUAUUCAAUUGAAAUCUAUACAACCAAGGAAUAAAUACAAUUUAUUAAAGAAACCACCAACCACA